GGCGAGCCGGGCCGAGCCAAGCAGAGCCGAGCGGAAGUGGCGUUGGUCUGGCCGGAGCCCCUUGGUGAAUUUGUUAGGCGUGGAGAGGGAGUGAUGUCUUCCAGAUUCGGUGCAAUACAUGCCACUCCAGGACGCACAUCCUUUAAGCCGCAGAAGAGCCCCAGGAAGAGCGUGGGAACGAAGAACAGCAAGAACCAGUGUUCCAUAAAGGAUAAUAGUUUCCAGUACACUAUCCCUCAUGAUGACUCCUUCAGUGCUUCUUCAUCUGCCUCUUCAUGUGAAGCAAUCAAUGAUUUUCCAACAUCCUUCCGAAAAUCUGCCACCUACUUGAAGAAGAUUAGAAGGAUCAAACCCCCUGCUGCUUCACGUGUUGAAGGCUCAGGUGGAGCAUCAACCAAAGGAAAAAAGAAACCAAGGCAGGAAGAAGAUGAAGAUGAAGAUUAUAGACAAUUCCCUCAGAAGAAGCAUAACCUUUACGGGAGGAAACAACGACCUAAACCCCAGCCAAGCCCCAAGCCCCAGCCUCGUCGUGUUCGGAAGGAACCGCCAACUUAUGCCGCAGGCAGUGUGGAGGAGCAGUGGUACUUAGAAAUCAUGGAUAAGGGCAGUGUCUCCUGCCCUACCUGCCAGUCAGUGGGGAGAAAAACCAUAGAAGGUUUAAAGAAACACAUGGAAAACUGCAGACAGGAACUGUUUACUUGCCACCAUUGUGGGAAACAGCUGCGUUCUAUGGCAGGGAUGAAGUACCACGUCAUGGCAAAUCAUAACAGUUUGCCCAUUUUGAAGGCUGGUGGUGAACUAGAUGAGCCAAGUGAGAGAGAACGCCUCCGAACAGUGCUGAAGAGACUGGGGAAGAUCAGGUGCAUGCGUGAGAGUUGCUCUAGUAGCUUCACCAGCAUCAUGGGCUAUAUGUACCACGUCAGAAAAUGCGGCAAAGCGGCCUCAGAGCUGGAGAAGAUGACCCUGAAAUGUCAGCACUGUGCAAAGCCGUAUAGGUCGAAGGCUGGGCUUGCGUAUCACCUGAGGUCAGAGCACGGGCCUAUCUCCUUCUUGGAGUCAGGACAGUCCGAAUGCUUAAAGGAUGUGAACCUGGAGUCAAAGAGUGGGGGCCGAGUUCAGAGGCGUUCUGCCAAGAUAGCUGUCUACCACCUGCAGGAGCUGGCCACUGCAGAGCUGGCCAAAGAAUGGCCUAAGAGAAAGGUACUUCAGGACCUGGUACCGGAUGAUCGGAAGCUGAAAUAUACCCGCCCUGGGCUACCCACCUUCAGCCAGGAAGUACUACAUAAGUGGAAGGUAGAGGUCAAGAAGUAUCAUCGCAUUCAGUGUCCUAACCAGGGUUGCGAGGCCGUCUACAGUAGUGUGUCUGGCCUUAAAGCUCAUCUGGGCUCUUGCACAUUGGGAAACUUUGUGGCUGGAAAAUACAAGUGUCUUCUGUGUCAGAAAGAAUUUGUGUCUGAGAGUGGUGUCAAGUAUCACAUCAACUCUGUUCACGCAGAGGAUUGGUUUGUCGUAAACCCGACAACAACCAAAAGCUUCGAAAAGCUGAUGAAGAUCAAACAGCGGCAGCAAGAAGAAGAAAAGCGGAGGCAGCAGCACAGAAGCCGAAGGUCUCUCCGAAGGCGGCAGCAGCCUAGCACUGAGCAUUCUGAGGCUGAGCAGAGUCUUAGAGUAGGGAGGGAUCAGAGGCGGAGUAAUGAGCAACUGGUAGUGUCAACUUCCGGCAAGGAACCAGAGCAGGAGCCCGUGCCAGCACAUUUCCAGAAAGUAAAGCCCUCAAAGACGAACCAUAAACGAGGGAGAAAAUACAGGCAGGCAGUGUGAGAGUGCCGCCCCCCUCAGGGGAUGUGAUGCUGUUGUUCCGGGGGUCUGCUGGGAGGACCAGUGAUGGGGCUGAGUGGAGGGACAUGUGCUUCUUCAGCUGUGUGUGACUCUCUCAGCUUCUUCCUCCUGUGUAAAUUACCCUGUUUACUCCCCACUUUCCACUCCUUUCCCCUUUUUUGGUAGGUUCUUCUGCUCUUCCUAUCGGAGUCCUCUUGUUUUUCUGAUUCUUAUCUUACCCAAAGAGCUCCCUCUUAAGGUCAACUAUAGGCCUCUUGCCCUGUAUAAAACUUAAGAAACUUGUUUGGUGUCCUUUCCUUCCCGGGGUGUAGAAUGUUCUUGGAAGCUCCAUUGAUUUAGUAGCCACUCCAUCAUCUAGCUUAAAAUGUUGCAAACUACAUUUUCAAACCAUGCCUGACUUCUCCUUUUGUAUUUGUGAUAUAAUAAGCCUAGAAACUAGAACCGUCGUCAUACGUGUACUGUGGUUACCCUGCCUCCUUGGGAAACACAUUUUAUGGAGGCUGUUUGUUACGGUUUUAACAAACAAGCUAAUAUGGUUUUUAGGGUUGAAAGUAAGAAAAUGGAUUUAGGAUGAAAAAGUUAGAACUUCUCUACUCUGAUUAUACUGGGAAAUGUUUUGCUUAUCCCAAGUAGCAGUCAUGAACUAGACCCACAGGCAUGAAAAACAGGCUUCAACUUUAAAAUGACUGGAAUGAAGACCGUAGAAGCAAUAAACAAAUACCAUUCCACCUUUCCUGGGGCCUGCAGUCUGUCCUGUUGCUGUGAUUAGGGCCGUCCCGGAGUUUGCUUCUCCUUCAGUCUGCGGGAUCGAGAGCGAUCAGAAUGGUCCCCUGAUGUUUUGGUGCAGUGCUCCUGAUGACCCUGGACGAGUGGCCAAUGAGGUGCACAACCCUUCUUCCCUGCACUUCACCUCAGUUGGUAGUCUAAGCCCCCAAGUCCUCUUCUGCCCUUGUACCCAUCUUCUUAUCUCUGUAAUUUCUAAGAUGAUUGCCCUUCUAUGAAAUUCUGUCUUGUUAUGCCCAGAGAUUUUUUUAAUUCUAGAUGUAGCCACUUAAACCUGGAGCUGAAAAGAAAAUUUCUUUUUCUGUACCUCAUGUCUUCUUGGUCUUGUUGAGCGAGCUAUUUCUCUUCGACACUGGCUUUCUCGGGGCAUCAAUUGUAGCAGCUUUCUUGUGGUUCUGCAUUCUCUUCUCCCUUUUUCCAUAUAUUUUUUGUCUGAUAGAUUGUUGUCUGUUUUUUGUGGCAUAUGCCACAUAAAAAUACGGGACCCUUCACCCUGAUGUGGACAUGUACUCCCUUUUCCAAUUCUGAACGGUUGAACCCUCUGUGCUUCUCUGUGCUCCUCCACAUAGCUUUAACACGUGGGCUUCUCUGAAGACCACUUUCAGACCGAGGGAGCAUUGAAACCAGAUUUGGAUACUGCUAGACUAGGUCGUUUUGAAAUGAGUGAAGUACCUGGUAUAUUCAUUUUCAUUGGCAGUUGUGCCCCUAAAGCCUUUUCCGUAGAUAAGGGUUGCCAGGGAGGAGAAAUGAAGAAGCUAUGUUAAUUUCUGGUGAGUAAGAUUUGGUAACUGUUUGGCAAUGAUGAAAUAAAUGACUCUUGGUUAGCA